AUGAUUUCCGACGACGACCUCUACCGUCUCGCCAUCUUCCUUGGAUCGUGCGCGAUGAUGAUGAUAGUACUCUACCAUUUCCUCGAAGUCAAUGCGAAGGACGAUGCCAUUGAAGGAGAAGUCCCCGAUGUCAAGAAGUCGGUCGAAGGUUCUACUACUGCCGGUGUAACGCCGGCACCGGCUGCGGCGGCCGCGGCCGCGGGGGGCACAUCAGCAAUUGGAGGUGGGAAGGACCGGUAG